AUGGAGGAAAUAAUUGCAGGCCAUUUGCUCGCGAGGGACGAUCGGCCCGUUGCGCUGACACAUAUACCAAGAAUUCCCCUUCUUGUAAUAAUAUGGUCCUUCUUUGCCUUAACCACGGUUGUGAUGACCUUUCGAAUAGCCAUCAGACUCUGGCUUCAACGAAAGCUUCUCUGGGACGAUGCAUUUGCUGUGGCUGCAUACAUAGGACUGAUUGUGCAGGUGGUCCUGCUCACUGUUAUAGCUCCGUUGAUAUAUAUACAUCUACAUGGGUUUUCAGGCACACGCCCCCCACCAGAAUAUGGGGUAAAGGUCACCCAUAUGAUCCGUGUGGUGUUUGCGCAUAAUGUAGUAUUUACUGCGAGCAUAUACUGCAUCAAAGCUAGCUUCAUGGCACUCUACUGGAGAUUGAUUAGAGAUUUGAACAACUACCGAAAAGCCUGGUGGGCAGUGACUGCAUUUUGUGUGAUAUCACUGAUCAUCAACGCCGUCUUGUUCCCUGUGGGGUGUUCGACCCUGGAGGCAUUCAUGUUCCUGCCAAUUGUUUUGAUCAUGCGGUCCAAACUACCUGGCCCCCAAAAAGCGGGCUUGGUCAUCCUCUUCGCUCUGGGAUUCUGCAUCAUCGCCAUCGCUACGGUACGCAUAAUCAAGAGCAACAGUUACCAGAAGCAGCCGCCGCUCUCCUGGCUCUUGUUCUGGAGUACGAUGGAAACAGCCGUGGCGGUGAUAACAAGCUGCCUAGCAACUUUCAAGUCUCUCUUCAACUUGAAGCAGCGACCCACACAUUACUCAUACUACACCACCACUCGCCAUCGACGUACAGGUGGCGGACAGGCCAAUAUAGACAACAUGGACAACAUGAACCUAACACUGCCGACGAUCUCUGACCUUGAGAGCGCGAACAGUCGGCUGGCUGGUAAGAACAGUUUGAUCAGCAAGAAAGAGUCAAGUAUCAUGAGCAUCUCAUCGGAUAGGAAGACGACGAGGACUCACGACGCCGAGCUGAGGGAAGAGAUCAUGAUUGGGGCCGCAUUUGACCUAAGAACGGGCAGCAUUCCUGGUUACAGUCAACAUCCUGGCAAUUGUCAUCAGCCCCAAGCGCCCAGGAUGGCACAGUUGCGAUAG